GAGUAAAACCUUCUUCUUCUUUUUCGUUUUAUUUUGGGCUCCAAAUUGCGCUAAUUUGCCCUUUAAAUAGCUUCUUAUAGCUUCCAUUGAUGGCAAUUAAAAAAGAUUCUUCAUUGACCCCUCUCUCUCUGUCUACAAAAAAUACACCAAAUGACAUGCAAUUCUUUGUUUUUCUCUCUCUAAAACUGCCUAGUUUCCCUUUCUUUGGAGCUUCUUGAUUGCUAUUCCCGUCUAUUCUUGUUGUUGUUUGGUUUAUUCUUGAGCAUCUCCUCAUUUUUCUUCAUCUUGAUGAAACUGGCUGCAAGGGUGGAGAUUCUGGGCGUAACUUGAGACCCAUUUGGAAGAUUUGUCUCAUUCUUCACCGUAACAUUGCAUAGACAUAAAACCCAAAUAAAGAGAGACCCAUUUUCAAGACCCAGUUAAAGAAAAACCCAUAUAGAGAAUUCUGUCCAGUCGAAGGAGUCGAGGGGAUCAAAAUGUUUAAGCCCAAGUUCUAUUCGAAAUGCAAGUCAUCAACAAAGACCACGAAGAUGCGAAUUGAGGCGUUGAAGAAAAAGAAGGGUUCGGUGGUGAAGUACCUUAAGAGCGACAUUGCAGAACUUCUCAGGACUGGUCUUGAUUACAAUGCUUAUGGCAGGGCUGAAGGGCUUAUGAUAGAGCAAGACAGGUUAUCCUGUUACUGUAUGAUUGAUCAGUUUGUUGGGUGUAUUUCAAACAAUCUUUCAGCCAUGCAGAAGCAGAGGGAGUGCCCUGAAGAAUGCAGAGAAGCUGUAGCAUCCCUCAUUUACGCUACAUCUAGAUUUUCUGAAUUUCCAGAACUCCGUGACCUUAGAACUCUGUUCAUCGAGAAGUAUGGGAGUUCCCUUGAAUCAUUCACAAGCAAAGAGUUUGUGGAGAAACUGAAUUCGAGGACCGUGACAAAGGAGAUGAAGUUUCAGUUACUGCAUGAUAUAGCACAAGAGUUCUCUAUUGAUUGGGAUGCUAAGUCUUUGGAACAGAUGCUCUUUAAACCUCCGUCACCUAAACAAGAGAGCACUUAUGAUGAUUCGUCCAACCAAAAGACUGACGAUGAUGAAUACAAACAGAAGAAAAGCAGGGAUGAAGUAAUCCAGGAAGAGAGGAAAAAGCUGAACAAUAUGGGGGAUUAUAUUGCAGUGAAAAGAAAUGAAAAAAACCUUACAUCUCAAGCCAGAAAUGAUGUCAUAAAUGGUGGAAACAAUCAACGAAGCAGUAGUGAUGAUGAAGAGGUUUCAGUUGGCAGAAGAUACUUCACGGACCCAGAUAGCCAACUGACCAGUUCAACUUCAGUGGAUAGCUGUUCGGAGGAGGAAGUAAACAGUGGAAGGCCCUUUUACUCCAAAUUUAUGCCUCCUUAUUUCAAGCAAAAAGCCGAAAGAGAAGAAAGCAGUCUAGCAGAGGAGUCCUCAAAACUAAAAAAUAACAUUGUUGCAGUUGCAAACAACCACAAAGAUGAUUCGGUUCAGGAGGAAAAGCCAAAGCCAAGAUCAGUUAGAAGGAGAAACUUGAUGCCACCUCCAGGUCGAGAAAACAUCGGCAGUAUGGGAACAAAUCCUGCUUCGAACACUAAGCUAAAUGGAAAGAAACAAAAAGAGCCAAGGGAUGAGAUGGAUGAAGAGGAAAAGGAACUUGAUGAGCUUCUGAUGCACUACACGAAGAAAGAUUUCCUCGGAGAACCGAGGGAAGGGAAGCCAUAUCUAAAACCUCCUCCUUCACAUUAUAAACAUGAAAAUGCUGAAGGCAGCACAAGGCAGGGAAAUACCAAGUUAGCUGUUCCACCAGGCAGAGCAGCAUCUAUGCCAGCUGAACCAACAAUGCCUACCGAGUCAAGUAAGUCUCAUGCUCGACACAAUUCGUUGCAGCCUGAGAUAUUUCCUGGACAUGUUCAUCCUAAGCUACCAGAUUAUGACGAUCUAGCAGCUCGAAUUGCAGUUCUUAAAGGGUGAUAAAUAAAGAUAGCACUAGAAUAUUAGGAAAGAUCAACGUUCUAUUGUUUAGCUUGCUUUGGCUUAAGAGCUUGGAUUCUUCUAUUCAUUGGUCACACGUAGGAAGAGUAUAUGGUGGUUGGUCACUGUUAGUUUGCAUAUUAUUUGAUUUUAAGUUUGGUCUCUACUGUAUAAAUAUAGCUUCAAUUGUCCUUUCAGUUUGUUUAAUGGUCCAAUGCAUAUGAGCUUGAAAGUGCA